AUGGGAUACUCACUACCAAGCUCAAUCCCAUCAAUAAUCCUCGGCAAUAAUCUUGUCAUCGCCACAUGCAGAAACAUCCAUUUUUAUAAUGUCGACGGAUCGAAAGAGUCCUCGAUCGAGUGUUCCAAGAAUAUCAUCCGUAUUUUCGGCAACGGAAAGGAUAUUCUUGGCGUUACUACUAGGGAUGCUCUUGGUCAAGUUGAAAUCCAAUUCUUCAAAAAUGGAAAAGAAUAUGGAGCCAAACUCGAGGACGCAGCUGAUUAUGAGAUUCUAGCCGCCGAUGUCACCCAAGAUGGACUGUUUUGUGUCUUCGCAUCCGGUUUGCCUAACUACUGCCUAAAAGUCGCCAACCUCAAGACCGGAAAGAUCAUCAUUGAAAAGCCUAUCGACAUCAUCGACGACCUUCGCGCGCUCAAAUUCAACCCAUCAGCGAACAAUCAGUUUCUCAUGCAGAGAAAGAAGCAUAUCACUAAGUUCACCAUUGAAAGCUUUGAUGAGGAAAAAUGCACGCUUACGGAGAAGAACGUGACUUUCAGCGAUAUCAUGGAUGGAUCCGUAAAUCUGCUUUCACGAAGAACCGAAAAUCUUUGGGAAAACGACGUUGAAGAGCUGCCGCUUACUUUCGAAAUUGAAAAACAAAAUAAUGGCGAAAUAACAUCAGCGCUCUGGAAAGACUCCAAGAUCUUAUUAUCGACUUCGCACGGUGAAAUUUACGCUAUCCGACAAAAUGGAGAACAUGACGACUUUUUCGUUUCUGACUCCGAGUACAAGAACAUGACGAGCUUAGCUCUAGAGAACUUCAUCCCUUGUUCUGAUGGCAUUCAAGGCAUGGCGUUGAAGAGUGACGAGUUGGUCAUGAUUGGUGAAGAUGGCAUUUUGCUACUUGGGCAAGAAAAGACAAGAAAACAAAAAGGAAAAAUGAUUAAAACUCUGAAGCAGCUUUCUUCAACAAAUUAUCAGAAUAUUACCAACUGUUAUGCCAUUGCUGAAACCCAUAUUUUCGUCGAGUACUCCUGUGGAAAGCGAGAAGUCAUCAGGCUUGAAGAUAACAGUACUUCGCUGCAGUUUUAUCAGAGUUCAUCCAAGAUAGUUGCAUCCGCGAUCGCCUCUGAUAGUAGAAUCGUCAUUUCGAGGGAUUCAAAAACGCUUGAGCUUUACGAGUCAACGCUCAAAAGAUGUCACGUGCUUCAUGUCGAUUCACAGGUUUUGACAAUCUCAUCAACAGCGUCAGAGAACCUUUUCUUCCUUGGAACUGAGUGUGGAUCUUUAGUUGCCCUGAAAGUAGAUCCUGACACCAAGACACUUCUCUGUAUGGCAUCAAAGAAGCUGUUCACGGAGAACCUCACAUCCAUCGCAGUCGACACUUACAACAGAGCAUUGAUUGUCGGGUCUGCUAGCGACGACAAAAUCUUGGUGCUGACAUGGAAGAAUUCUGAAAAAAUCCUGCCAGAUGUUAUGGGAUAUCUUCCAGUCGACGGCGUGGUACAAGGCUUGUCAGUUUCGGCCUCAAAUGCAAACACUCCUCUUACUGUUCUGGCCAAUCUGGCCGAGGGGUCGACCUCAACUGUGAUCGAUGCUCUCCUUGUAUUCGAGAUCUCGCAAGAAGUUUUCAAGGAGUCGCAUCUUGUGAAGCACGUAAACAACCUCCUCGAGCUGGAGCAAAAAGCGAUUAACGCCACAACUGUGAUGAUUCCACCUUGCUCCCGGGUAUCGCUCCUUAGCUGCGUGAGUAGCGUUGCGAGUUGCUGGGCAGUGUCUUCUGAAACUGCUACGAUUAAUCAGCUCGAGUUCACUCUUGGCAAGGUCUACCCAGAUGAAGUUUCAUUCGUACGACAGCUAAGUCAGUGGCCAACUUCAUCGAUCUCCUUUGCUGCUCCAUUUCAUAACUUCUGGGUUGCACAAGCAUGCCGCUCUGGCUCACUCAGCCUUAUCCGAAACAUAACCCAGAAGAUUCAACUGCCUUCAUCAGAUAAAGCUUAUGAACUGAGAUUUGAUCGCAAUGGUGAGAAUCUCCUUGUCUUCUCCGAACAUAAUAUCGAGUUGAUCGAGCUAAAGGCGAAGAGCGAUUUUGUUCAAAAAGCAAUCACCCUUGGUAAAGGAGCGAAAGAUCUUCCAUUCCUGGCUGAUACUUCGGAUGUGAAACUGGCAUCAGACGAACCAGACUGGUUUGCCAUUCAGGUGAAGAUAGCUGCGGAAAUCGAAGAUCAAAAAUACAAAAGAAUCAAAGCAGAAUUCACCUCUGAGCUCGACGAUUUGCGACAGAUUGUCAACAAAAUGAUGAAAGAAAAUGACGAAGCUGACGAGUUGGAGAAGCUUGAUAACCAGGAGUUCAACCUGGAUAAAGAACAGGUUGAAGAAAUGGCGAUGAAAGAAGUCUCUGAUAUCGAAUCGUUGCGAAAAGAAAUCUCCGGCAAAAUCGAAGAUUACGGAAAGUUAGUUGACUCGAUCAGUGAUAAUUGCUGGAAGAAUAUGGAAGCUGGCGCUCGAUGUCUCAAAGCAUUUUACAUGCCGAUCGCUGUCAAGAAUUUUGAGAUCCGGCCAACUACUCAAGAAUUCUCUGGGAUUUAUGAAAACGCAAAGACAGAAAGAGAAGCCCAGCGAGAAAAUGAACCUGUGCAGAAAAAAGAGAACAAAAACUCUGACACCAAUGUUGACGACGAAGAAACCGCAGGUAUUCAUCCUUAUGGGUCCGUCACCGACCAGCUCAUCGGGGAGGAUAACCUGCUUGAAAGCCAGUUCUCUCUUAUCGAUACCGAAUCCCGCAAAACAGAAAUGAUUCUCAUCGAAAAUCGAAUAACUAUGAUCAAGAGGCAUUUCAACAAGCAGUUUGACCAGGUUUUCCGACAGAAACAGAGCGAGAUCGCCAAGAUUGCCGAGAAGAACGAACGAAUCACCGAGAUCUCCCAUGACACUGGCGUCGAAUUUGAGCUUCUUCAGCCGCAGUUUGACGAUAGCGAGAAAACUGAGCUCGUUUUUGAAGUCGAAGAUGAAGAAGUCGAGGUCGAGCGAGUACUCACUGAAGAACAGCAAGCGCUUUUGGAAGAAGAACGCCGCUUAGAAGAAGCAAGAAGAGCCAAUAAAGGUGAUAACGCGCGCGAUCGAGCGCUGCUUGAAAUGAUGGAUGGCGUGUUGGAAGUGAAAUCAGAAGAUGUCCUCAAAAUCGAUGUCCCAAGACCUGCAUUCAUGGAUGAUCCAGAUAAAAUGGAGUCUGAUUGGACCGACGAAGAAGUUAAACAGGCUAAAGAGUACGAUAAGAAAGUUGCAGCUCUCGAAGAAGAGAGAACGAAGUUUAAAAAGUCACUCGAGAUCGAAGCAAAAAAGACUCAGCAGGGAAUCGUCGAGGGAAUGCACUCUUUUGAUCUCACUAUUCAAGAACUCAACCAAAAACGAUUGAUUGCUCAGUUGGCUGUCGACCAAGAAUAUCUCCGAAUGGCUCGAAUUCAACGAGGACUAACCUGGGACGAAGAAGCGCAAGAAAUUGACAACUUAAUAAAACAGCUGAUCAGCGAUCUUCAAGAAGCAGUCAAAGAGAAAAAGAAGUAUUUAGAUGAGUUCAAGCGAUUUUACGAUACAGCUAAAGAAGAGUUAGAUGAUAAAAUUAAUGAUGAUAAGAUAACAGAAAAAUCCUUCAAAAACGAAUUCGAUGAGUCAAACGUCUUUAUCGACCAGCUUUUCAAGGCAUACAAGCGCCGACCAAAGCCAGAUGAAACCAUGGCCGAGCUUGAUAACAUAGAAGAGGCACCAACAGGUGUAGAAGAAGCAGAUUGGCAAAAGACGAUUACGCUUCGAGAAGAGAAAAUGCGAAAAGAAGCUAUUGUGAGACAUCAUCAGCAAAAAGUAAAUGUUAUGAAAGACUUCCUAUCGCUUCGUGCUUCUGAAGACGCUAGAAUUCAAGCUCAAGCGUCGGACAUGCUGACGGAAUCGAAUUCGCACGAGCUGGAGAUGAAAAACAAGGCGAAAAAUCUUCUCAUCCAAAUUUUACUCAAGCAGGGCCAGGUCGAGGUCAAUCCUGGCAAAUUCCUCACAGAUUAUACAGAAGCGCAAUUUAUUCAUCGGGAGACAGUUGAGGACAUGAAUGCUGAGAUCAAACAAUUUGGUACGGCGAAAAUUGAAGCCAUGAUCGAAUCCGCCGAUUUCAGAAAAGGAAUUCACUCACUCGAAUGGGAAAGGCGCAAACUCGAGAUGGAGAAGGACGACCUCAUCCAAAAGACGCAGGAUAUUCAGCUCUUGAAACUUACUAGGGAACUUCAAGCUGUGCUUCUCUCUGGCAAUCUCGGACAGAAUAAGACAAACCAAGAUCUAGCGCGACUUGAUCGAAAUUUGAAGGCGCAAAAUGAACAACACAAGUCGAAAAUGGCUCGUCGUAAUAAGGAAGCGAAAAAACUUCGCGAUCGAAAGGAAGCUCUCAUUCGUGAAAAUGCUCAUCUCGACGGAAUCAUCGAAGAGCUUUUGAUUGCCGUUUCUGAAAAACGCAACAUCAAGAACGGCCAAAUCAUGCCCGACACGGGUAAAAUCAUGCGAAACCAUGCUCGAAAUCGACAAUUGGCAGAGAUCGUCAAGCGCCAGCACAACGAGAUUAGUGUCCUCAAGCAAGAAGUCGAGAGGCUGAGGAAGAAAACAUUCCCUGCUCUUUUGAAAGUCCAAAGAUGA